AUGGGGCGAAGGGCCGGGGUGCGCCUCUUGCUCCUGCCGGGGCUCCUGCUGGCUCUGCUCUGGGCACCCUGCGCGGGGGGCCCGGGCCAAGCCCGCCCCCACGCGGGGGCGGUGGCGGUGACGUGCGAGCCGCACCGCAUGGUCGUGGCCGUCCACCGGGACCUCUUCGGGGGGGGCCGGCUGGUGGCCCCCGCCGACCUCGCGCUGGGGCGGCCCCGCUGCCCGCCUGCCUCCGUCGACGCGGGCGCGACCGUGGUGCGCUUCGAGGCCGGCCUUCAUGAGUGCGGCAGCACCGUGCAGAUGACGCCGACCCUGCUGAUCUAUCGGACGAGCCUCUUCUACACCCCGUCUCUCGCCUCCGGCCGGGUCAUUCUCCGCACCAGCGCCACCGAGAUACCCAUUGAGUGCCGCUACCCCAGGACAGACAACGUCAGCAGCGGAGCCCUCCAGCCGCACUGGGUGCCCUUCCAGGCAACGGCGGCGGCCAAGGCUCGGCUCGGCUUCUCCUUGCGGCUCAUGAAGGAUGACUGGAGUGCGGAGAGGACCUCCGCCCUGUUCCAGCUGGGCGAGGCCCUGUGUGUGCAAGCUGAGGUCCUCGGGGACGCCCCGCUGCCCCUGCGGCUCUUUGUGGACCACUGUGCUGCCAGCCUGAGCCCGGACGCCUCCUCGGGGCCCCAGUACGCCAUCGUUGCCUCCAGCGGGUGCCUGGUGGACGGGAGGCAAGAGGGCGUCUCGUCCACAUUCCUCUCCCCGCGGCCGCGGCCGGAGGCUCUGCGGUUCACCAUUGAUGCCUUCAGAUUUGCAGGAGAUCCCCGGAAAGUGAUCUACAUCACCUGCCACCUGAAAGCUGUGCCGGCCGAACAAGCCCCGGACGCCGGGCACAAGGCCUGCUCGUUCGACGCAGAGAGGAGCGCCUGGCUCCCCGUGGAAGGCCCCCGAGGAGUCUGCAGCUGCUGUGAGACGAGGAGCUGUGGCGGGGCGGUGGGCGAGCAGCCCCUCGGCUUGGGCCCGGCCCCCGGCCCCCGGCGCCCGCCAGAGGAGAUGAGUUGGCUGAGAAGCCUGCCAGUGGAGAUGGCCGAUCCCCAGGCGGACUUGCUGCUGGGUCCGCUCUUCGUCUUCGGCACCCCGGAUGGCGCCGGAGAGCCUUUGGAAGACCCGGCGGACGCUGGAGACCCGGCGAUGGGAACAGAAGGGCUCAGCAGGAGCGGGCCCGCCCUGUCCGGGGAGGCAGAGGAGGGCUCCGGCUCGGGGGAUGAGGACCGCCCGGCCACAGCGGGCACGCGCCUUCUGCAGGAGCUGCUCCGGAGCGGCCCCGUCGCGGGGCACGGGCGGCUGCGAGCGGAGACAGGCAAACAGAGCACGGCCUUCGAGCUGCAGGCAGCCAUCCUAUCCAGGUUCCUCGAAGCCCUCACGACCCCUGGCACCGAGGCGGCCCUGGAGGAGGCGGCCAGCACGGGGGCAGGCGAAGGUGCAGCGCAGCCGCCGGGGCCAGCCCUCGCCCUGCUCCUCCUGGCGGCAGGGCUGACGGUCAGCUUGCUCGCGGUGGGCGCCUUCAUCCUGGCGCGGAGGUGCCGCCGUCGUCAAGGCUCGGCGCUCUCUCCGUCUUCGCUUGGCACGAAGCUUUAG